GCACGUGGACCUAUCACUCUGCAGUACUUGGAACGUAGAAGGCAGGCUCUAUGUGUCAGCGUUCUCCUAGCGGAACAACGACUCGAGUGGAUCCAAUGAGAUCACGCCGCGUUCUGGGCCCUAUGGUGAGAACAAGCCGGUGAUAUAGCAAGCCUGUUUCAAGAAACUCAACUGCUGCCGGCUCGAGAAGGUCACCAUGAGGAGGAAGAUGUUAUGGGCUCUCUUCUGCCUUGUCCUGGCUCUGCUGCCUUCACAAACGGCCUCUGUAGCAGUCAUGUCAGUUGACCUAGGCAGUGAGUGGAUGAAAGUAGCUAUAGUAAAACCUGGCGUGCCAAUGGAGAUUGCUUUAAACAAGGAGUCCAGGAGGAAAACUCCAAUAGCUGUGUGUUUGAAAGAAAACGAGCGACUUUUUGGAGACAGUGCAUUAGGAGUGUCUGUGAAGAACCCCAAAUUUGUCUAUAGGUAUCUUCAGAGCCUCCUGGGCAAGAAGCACGACAACCCACAGGUGGCGUUCUACCAGAAACGUUUCUCCGAGCACCAACUGGUGAAAGAUGCGAGUCGGGGCACAGUUCUCUUUAGAAACUCAGAAGAAAUGCAGUACUCUCCAGAGGAGCUCCUGGGCAUGGUUUUGAACUAUUCACGUGGACUGGCUCAGGACUUUGCAGAGCAGCCCAUCAAAGAUGCAGUGAUCACCGUCCCGGCCUUUUUCAAUCAGGCAGAGCGCAGGGCGGUCCUGCAGGCCGCACAGAUGGCAGGUGUUAAGGUUCUUCAGCUCAUCAACGACAACACGGCGGUGGCGCUCAACUAUGGUGUCUUCAGGAGGAAAGACAUCAACAGCACAGCUCAGAACAUUAUGUUCUAUGACAUGGGUUCAGGCAGCACGACGGCAACCAUCGUCACAUACCAGACGGUCAAGACCAAAGAUUCGGGCACCCAGCCACAGCUCCAGAUCCGAGGAGUAGGGUUUGACCGCUCUCUGGGGGGCUUUGAGAUGGAUCUGCGGCUGCGGGACCACCUAGCCAAGCUGUUCAACGAGCAGAAGAAGACCAAGAAGGACGUGAGGGAGAACCACCGCGCCAUGGCCAAGCUCCUCAAGGAGGCCCAGAGACUCAAGACGGUGCUGAGCGCCAACGCCGAAUUCAUGGCACAGGUGGAGGGGCUUCUAGAUGAAAUGGACUUCAAGGCCAAGGUGACCCGUGUGGAGUUUGAGGCCCUGUGUGCUGACCUGUUUGAGAGAGUGCCUGGACCCGUACAGGAGGCCCUUAGCUCUGCAGAGAUGUCCCUGGACGAGAUUGAGCAGGUGAUUCUGGUGGGCGGCUCCACCCGAGUGCCUAAGGUGCAGGAGGUGCUGCUCAAAGCCGUUGGGAAAGAGGAGCUGGGAAAGAACAUCAAUGCAGACGAGGCUGCAGCUAUGGGUGCUGUGUACCAGGCCGCUGCCCUCAGCAAGGCCUUCAAAGUCAAACCCUUCCUGGUCAGGGAGGCAGCUGUUUUCCCCAUCCAGGUGGAGUUCACCAGGGAGACGGAGGAUGAGGAUGGCUCCAGGAGCCUGAAACACAACAAGCGUAUCCUGUUCCAGAGGAUGGCCCCCUACCCCCAGCGCAAGGUCAUCACCUUCAACCGCUACACUGAUGACUUUGCCUUUGACAUCAACUAUGGAGACCUCAGCUUCUUGGGCCAAAAUGACCUCAGUGUGUUUGGCUCUCUCAACCUGACCACAGUGCAGCUGUCUGGGGUGAGCAGCAGCUUCCAGAAGCACAUGGAUGCUGAGUCCAAGGGCAUUAAGGCCCACUUCAACAUGGAUGAGAGUGGCAUGCUCCUCCUGGACCGGGUGGAGUCUGUCUUUGAGACCAUUGUGGAGGAGAAGGAUGAGGAAUCAACUCUGACAAAACUAGGAAAUACCAUUUCCAGCCUGUUUGGAGGGGGAUCCUCAGAGCCCAACGCAAAUGUGACGGAACCAGUUCAGGAUGAGGAGGAGGUUCAUACGGAGCCUGGGAAGGAGCAGGGCCAGAAGGAGGAGGCUGUUCCCCAGGAAGAGAAGCAGGAGCCUGGGGAGAAACAGGAGGAGGAAGUCCCAACCCAAGAGAAGACUAUGGGAGAGGCAUUGGACAGCAAGGCUGACCCUCAGGAGGGAGAAAAAAAUGGAGAGGAGGCGGCGGAGGCGGCGGAGGAGGAGAAGGGGGCGGCGGCGGCGGAGGAGGAGAAGGGGGCGGAGGAGGAGAAGGGGGCGGCGGAGGAGAAGGGGGCGGCGGCGGAGGAGAAGGGGGCGGUGGAGAAGGGGGCGGCGGCGGAGGAGAAAGCCAAGCCUCAGAAGAGAACCAAGUUCUCUGAAGAUGUCUCAGUGGAGCUCCAAGUGAACGACAUCCUUAACCCUAGCUUGGAAGCUAUCGCCUCCUCAAACAAGAAGCUCCAAGACCUGACUGAUAGAGACCUGGAGAAGCAGGAGAGGGAGAAGACCCUGAACAGCCUUGAGGCAUUCAUUUUUGAGACCCAGGACAAGAUGUACCAGGAGGAGUACCAGGCGGUGGUGUCAGAGGAGGAGAAGGAGGCCAUCACGACCAAGCUGAGCGAGGCGUCGGCCUGGAUGGAUGAGGAUGGCUACUCUGCAGUCACCAAGGAGCUGCGGGAAAAGCUGCAGGAGCUCAGGAAACUGUGCAAGGCCAUGUUCUUCCGUGUGGAGGAGCGCAGGAAGUGGCCCGACCACCUGGCCGCCCUGGAGAGCAUGCUCAACCACUCCAGCUUCUUCCUCAGGAGCGUCAAACUAACACCAGAGGACGACCAAAUCUUCACCGAAGUGGAGCUGAAGACGUUAGACAGAGUCAUCAACGAGACCAUUACGUGGAAGAACGACACGGUGGCCGAGCAGGAGAAGCGUUCUCCCACAGAGCGGCCCGUGCUGCUGUCCAAAGACAUUGAGUCCAAGCUGUCUCUGCUGGACCGCGAGGUCCACUACCUGCUGAACAAGGCCAAGUUUGCCAAGCCCAGGGCCAAGGCCAAGGCCAACAGCACUGCCUCGGAGAGCAGCAGCAAGGCCAACAGCAGCACCUCGGAGAGCAGCAGCAAGGCCAACAGCAGCAAAACAGAGGAGAAAGUCAUACCUCCCAAUGAGGAGACUAAAGACAAAGAAACCACUAAGGUGGUGCAGCCAGAAGAGGAACCGCCCACCAAAGAGCCCACUGGACAGAACACAGACUCGUCCAGCCAAUCGCAGCCUAAAGAUGAAACUGCAAGUACAGAAUCAACAGAGAAAGACCAGUCGGAAAAGCAUGUAGGGGAUGAGUUAUAACAGCUGGAACUGAGAAGAUUUAAUUGUAUUUAUUGACGAUGUUUAAUUGUUCAAGUUUCCUCCCCAAAAAAAUGUAGGGGGGGGUUGUUUUUCCACCCACAUGUUGAAAACCAGAAAGACAUUGGAUCAGCUCAGACACCUUGAGCUGUCUUAAUCCCCCCUCCUUUCUCAAUUUCUGUUGAUCUUCAUGCCCCUUGGCCACUAUUACAUCUCUCCUCUCACUGACAUGGUGAGCAAGGAGCACUUAGUCUGGAAUAACCAGUGAAUGAACUGAACCCAAGACCUCAAGUUUCUAUUCUACUAUUCUGCCCUUAAGGUUUAGGCAUACUUUCCUGCAUGCAAACAACCUUAUUUUGACCACUGUAUAAUUUGCCUGCAUAGAACAGAACAAGUACCUGAUACAAAAUGUUUUGUUUUGGAAGGACCAAUAAUAACAGAACUCAAUGUUUCCUCCCCUGCAAAAUUCAGCUUUUGUCGCAUUCUGUGAUCAAAAAAGGUAGACUUUUCCUCUCAAGCACGGUUAUCCUCAGAUCUUCUGUGUUUUCUUUGGGCAAAUCUUGCUUCCAUUCACUUUUAAUGUGUUUUGUCUGCUUGAGAAAGAUCUCAUUGGUGUGUUUCAGUUGUCUUUGAAUAUUGAAUUCCUCGCUUAAUGCCUUGUAUUGUCGCUGAGAAAAUGCAAAACAAUCGUGGUGUGUAUUCCGUACACCAUGAGGAAAACUAUCCUCAAAAUAUGAUUGACAACCAUCCACUGUGUUCAUGUGUAAAAUCCAUAUUUUAUGUUUUUCAGAACCCUCUCUCCAUGUUCGAAUUAGCAUUGGUCUUUCUGAAAAUUCAUAACUGACUUAGGAUGAGGGUGAAAAAACAUGUUACCUUGAAUGACAGUUAUCUUUUGAUAUGCAAUACUUGUGCAGUCUAAAUUGUACUCAAUACAGAUAGUUCAGUAAACUUACUUCAAUCACCAAGGGGCUGCCAUGGGCUAUGUUCAAUAGGCGGAAAACAUUGUUGCAAUGGAGUGAAAUGGCACAUUAUCGUAUUCCGUUGCAUAACGUUUUGUUACAAUGAACACUACCCUGGUGUUUGUGUAUGGAUGCCAGUAUGAAUUUGAGGACUGCUCGACUGUGUUGCACUGUCUGAAAAAUAAGCAGAUAAUAUUGUCCAUGUUUCAAGCUGCUUGAACCUCUAACAGAGGUGUCCCACUGGGUAAAUCAACGUUUCCACUUAAUUUCAAUGAAAUGAUGUUGAACCAAGUGGAAUAGAUGUUGAAUUGACAUCUGUACCCAGUGGGAUGAUUUCUGCUCUUUGCGUCACCUCGGGAUGGUUUGUGGGGGGGAAUAAACGGGAAGGGAGAUGCCAACGUUUUUGUUUCUAAACUUUGAAUGAAUGUUUUUUUAAGACGGGUUUUUUUUUUUUACAGAAAUGAUGGAUGGAUGAACAGUGGCAUGUGUAUUUAUUCCCUCAAUCCAUGUCUUUAAAAAAUAAAGUGUCUUCAAAUACA